AUGGCAAACUGUGUUUUGCUGACAUCGAGAACAAGAUGUUUUUCCCUCUCUCAAACAAACACUUUCUCCUUCAGUCGAUCCAAACGACAGGUUUCUCCUGUUAGAUCUCUUAUACACACUUUUAAACGGUCAUUAUCAAACAAUGCAGGAAAUCUUUCAGCCAGAAAUACAAUGGAGGCGUGGUAUAUUAAUAAAUUUGGCUCAAACGACGUUUUGCAGCACGGAAGACUGCCGCUGCCGAGUCUUGGAACGCCAACGGAUAUUCUUGUGCGAGUCCACUCCGCUUCUGUUAAUCCUAUAGACUACAGAAUGCGAAGCGGUUAUGGAGAGUCACUGCUCAAUUUGUGGCGAAAGCUAGAAAACGUUAAAGAAUUUCCACUUGUAUUAGGAAGAGAUUUCUCUGGAGAGGUGGUGAAAACAGGACGGCUUGCGAGAAGGUUCAGGAAAGGAGACCAGGUGUGUUGGGUAUAAAAAAGGAUACAAAUCUGGGGGUGGCUCAGGCUAAAGGAGACCAUAUUCCAACACAGUUUUUACAAUAACUGAGUGAUAUCUCCCAUGCUGAUUCAUCGAGAGCUAUGGUCAAUAAAAGUGCAGACCAUUGAAAUGAAGUGAAAAUGUUCAAAACUUUACACUGAAACCAAUUGCCUGCAUGGUUCCACUUGAGUUUUGAACAUGUUGAUGUCAUUUCUAUGGUCGAUAAGAGUAGAGACCAUAGGUAUUUUUUUACACUCAACCCUAAAUGAUACCUGUAUGGGUAUACUGCCCUCCUGUCCCAACACCCAAAGUUUAGACCAAAAUCUGCAUUUCCACCCCUAAGCAAGAUGAUGAGCAUUAUAUUUCAUAAAUUUUCAUAUGGGAGCCUCCCUACCCGUCCUCGCCUUGAAGAUUUGAGAAUGAUAAGUCAGAAGCAAUGGAAAACAUGAUUAUGUAGCUCGGCAAAGGUGAAAAUUUUGACAGACAUUUGUGUAAACGUCUGUCAGUACUUCCAGCAAUGUUGUUAGAUUUUUGCUAACUGGUCCAUGACAAAAGUUGGAGAAACCGCGGAGGAACCAAGGAAGGGUUUUUCCACAAUUAUUGCUACAGUGGGGUUCUUUUCAUACCUUAUGUCUUUGGUAUUUCUUGUUCCUAUCCUAAAUGUCGGUUGUUUCAUCCACACUGAGGUCGAUUCGCCUACAUGAUCUUAAUCGCUUUAUAGACAUUUUAUACAAUUUAUAAUCAUUUAAAGAGAAAAUUACAAAAUGCCACUGGAUUUGAGAUGGAUUUUGUGACUUGUUUUGCCAUGUGCUUAGCCGAUUAACUUGUGUGAACAGAUCCACGAUCAAGUUAGUGUCAUGCAAAUUGUGGCACAAAUUGUUUUUAAGGAUUACAAUAAACUUUUGGUUUUUUGAAAAAAUAUUUCCAGAACAGCAUCUCUGUCUAUUAUGUUUUACUGAUUAUUUACAACCUAUUUGAACUCUAAGUGUACUAUGAAGAAGGUCACCGAGGUAAUGUUUUAGAAGUUUUAACAUGCAAGAGUCAUCAGUAAGCUUUACUCCUAUUUAUACAAUACUAUUACUCGUAUAACCUUAGUGUCGCUGAAACAACUUUAAUAGAUCACGUAGGCGAAUCGACCUCAGUGUAGUCAAAUGGACAAGUCGGCAAAACGACCAGUUUCCCCUAUGGCUGCAUCAUCCCCAACACAACUCCCAGGCAAGAGACCUAUUUCCCACAACUACUUGGCCUUGAUUUAAAUUGAGGGCUUUUAACAAAUCAGAAAUGGCCCAUUACGGUUAUGACUAAAUUUUACAAAUAUUUAAGUUUUUGAAAUUAGUUUUUUUUUGCAAGGGUUAAGUUGGAGAGGAGAAGUUGGGGGUUAAAGGAUGAGGAAGUAGAAUGUUGUAAUUGUCUUCGCUUGUUCCUGUCUUUCAUAAUAUUUUUCUGCUGGUUUGGCUGAAUGUAGGUCUGGGGUACGCCUAGUGUUAUUGCUGGAGGAACACAUGGACAGUUUUUAGUUGCAAGUCAAGAUGAGGUAAUGCCUUUAUUAGUUUGAUUAAGUAUUGAUGAGUUCCCAUAUCAAACAACAGGUUUUCUCAUGCAUGCCCUCAGAACCUAACUUUUACUUUUUAUGGAGACAAACGGCAGACAGUGUACCUGUACUUUUUGCAGAAGAAACCAAAAUUCAGCUGGUAGCAUACACUAUCAAACUCUGUCUAAUUGCUAGUACCUUACCCAUGUAGACAGCCAUAUUACUGUGGCAUUGGCCACUGACAUCGACAGCUGUUUUGUUCUUGUUAGUCCUGACUUUUCAGAUUAGCAGUGUAUAGUUCCAGAGGAAAGGGUCUUGCAACCCACUGUUUACUGCCAAGGGGAAGCAAAACCACUCAUUUAAGGCCCAGUUCUACACCACAUGUGUUAGCUGUUAGCUGUGACCUGUAAAAUGGCUCUCAGCAAGCAUAUAGAGAAAGAAUCAGAUUUCUUAAUGCAACAGGUUUGAGGGCAAAAAAGUUGUCCAUGGUUUCCACUGCCUAGGUGGUAUGGCUGCAGGCCUACAUAUAUAUAGGUACUGUCCAUAUCACGAAGUUAUCUAGUGUUAUCAUUUCUUUCAUAUGGCUCCUUUUUUAGACUUUUAUCAAAAGAUUAAUUUGCUAAACAAUUUUUAUUUUUUUGUUUCUUUGUCUGUGUUUGUAUGCACCUGCACGGUAGAUGUCUAUAAAGCCAUUCAAUUGGACACACAGUGAAGCAGCAUCUCUUCCAUAUGUGGCUUGUACUGUUUGGACAGCUCUUGCUAGCAGGGCAGGUCUUAAACCUGAAAACUCUCAUGAUAAACAGUAAGUAUGCAAAUAUUUAGAUAUGAAACCGAAUUUGUUAAAUCCAAAGCUGAGAAAGCCUUUUUUGCUGCCUUCCUGUUGUGUGUUUAGGCACCGGAGAAAUAAUCAGUUAAUCACUAUGACUUGCAAUUAUAAUAUUAAAGACCUUUUGGGUUCAGAGACCCUACUCUUCCUUUAAAAUUUCCAAUUUGAGUUUGACAGGAAGCUGUCUUGUUUUUAUUUUCCUUUUGUUUCCAGUGAAAGUAGCCAAGGGAAAUCCCUGGCCAGCUUGGGUGAUUGUACAGGAAGAAACAAAUUUUACAACUUUUCACAACAAAAUACAAGGGCUUGAAAACUAUGGAUAAUUUUGUGAAACAUUCAAAAUAUCAGUAUUGUUUGUUUUCUCAUAGUGUCCUUGUUCUGGGUGGAUCUGGUGGGAUUGGAAAUUUUGCUAUCCAGGUAUGUUGGCUUUUCAUGAAGAGAAAAAAAGAGAUAAAAAUGCAAGACAAAAUUCCUGAUGGAUCAGUCCGUAUUUUGUGGAAUUGCUUAGAACUUAGAACUUUUUUUAUCAGAAUAUAUUUUGCUUGCCAACUGUCUGUCAACAGAGACUCAGCUGAAUUUGAACUUCCAGUGCUUAUCUUGCCAGGGGUUUUGACAUGCAUUCUCUUGGUAAGGUUUUGACAUUGUUGUAAGACUUUCAAGCAAUUGUAAUGUUAGUGCAUUUGUUUAGCUUUUGAAGGCCUGGGGAGCUUUUGUCACCACUACAUGUGCAACAGAUGCAGUAGAACUAGUGACUGGACUUGGAGCAGACCAUGUGAUAGAUUAUAGUGCACCUGACAUGAAGGAACAACUAGAAUCAUUAGGAGGGUAUGACUCAUUAUUGUACCAGUUAUGUCCAUUAAAUAAAUCAACUUUAUUUUUUUUAAGCAGAUGCCCUGUUAGGGUAAAAUUUCAAAAUGCUAAAUGGCCUUGAAACAACGACAUAUGAGAGGGCAGCAAAUGAAAUAAAGAUGGAUUAAAACUGCUUUAGCAACAAGGAUUAUGCACAUGUGUCGAUGAUGGCGGUCAAAAACCUCUCGGUCUCUUUGAUUGCCAAGUUUUUGCUUGACAGACUUUUGGUUUGGUUCCACAAUUAGGCUCAACCAUUUCGUAAUUGCUACUUGUAGGACUGCUGCUAAUUCAAGUUCAUUUCAUGAAUGGUUCAGUAUCAACCAUUUUAAAGAAGACCAAAUUUAUUUUAUCCAUGGCAAUUGCAAUGUGAAAGUGAACUUUUUUGGAACUUGCAUAUGGAAGAGUGAUAUGUGAUAAGUUUGAUACUCUGCACCCGAUAUAAUAUUGUUUGGAUCAUUCUGUCUGAAGAACAGCAAUGCUCUUGGUACAAUAGAAAUCUGUCAAGUGGUAAAAUGCCUUCGGUUCAAGAAGUCUAAUUUUCACAAAGCUACAUAUUUCUUCGACUGCAAGUAGGAACCUUCUGCUCCUCUCUGGAGACGUUGAACGCAAUCCAGGAUGGCAUGAAAUUACCAUUGCUUGAUCUAUCAAUGGUAUUAUGCAACCUACAAAUCCAACUGUACCUACUAAUAACAAUCAUGGAAUUAAAGGAGGUAAAAUUCAUUGCAUACCCGUACACAUGUCUACAAGAAAGCAUGUUAAUCAUUUCACGGUUGGACAACAACAGACAACUCAUCACAAUCUACUUACCAUACUUCGUACUCCUUGUUCCCUCAUUUAAAACGUCCAAAGCAGUUGAUUUUUGCUUUUGAAUGUAAGGUCUAUCAAGAACUAGGCAAAAAUCUUAAAUGGUUUUGUUGUUGAAAACAAAAUUAGUAUUAUGGCACUUACAGUUGGUUAAAUCCACUAGAAACUGAUAAUCUAAUUCCCAUAAAUGAGUUAAUAUCUAAGGGGGUACUCUUUCAAGCACUUUGCUAGAGAUGGUCAGGGUGGAGGUGUAUGGUAUUCUGUUCAAAUAGAGUCUGCAGCUGAAAGUGAAACCCUGUGAUCACUGUAGGACAUUUGAACAUGUGAACACGGUACUAAACUCAUCCAAUAAAUCAACCUCCUCCUUUAGACAGGAAUCGCACAACCACUCAGCUGUUCCUUGAUGAGUUUACAAGUUUUCUUGAGGAGUUGGCAGUCAACAGAAGAAAGAUACGUAAUAUCUCUGGUGACUUCAGUUUCCAUAUUGAUGUUCAAAGUGAUGUUAAUGGCAAAAAAUUUCUUCACCUCCUUGAUCAAUGCAUUUGAUUAUACACAGUUUUUAAAGGACCCGACACACAAGCAGAGUCACAUGUUAGAUCUGGUUAUCACUAGAUCUGAGGAUAAUCUGGUACAUAAGUUAGCUAUAUCUGUCUCUAAUAUGUCAGAUCAUGCUGAUGUUGGACCUCUCUGCAGCAUUUGGUACAGUAGACCAUAAUAUCUUACUAGAACGAUUGUCACAGAGGUUUGUUAGCACUAGACAUGCCUUGGAAUGGUUCGCAUCCUAUCUUUCCGAUGGCUGUCAGUCGUCACAACGAAGCCUUCAAUGCAGUGUGUCCCAAGGGUGUGUCUUGGGUCCUGAUUGUUUACCUUGUGUACCAGUCUACUUGCUGAAUGCAGCAGCAGGGGUUGUCACAUUAACAGGCAACAGAGAACACAUCACCCCUAUUUUAGAAGGGCUCCACUGGCUACUAGUUGAACAAUGUGUUAUUGUUAAGAUAUUAGUAAUAACCUAUAAGGUGCUAAAUAAUCUUGCUCCAGCUUAGCUCUCCAAUUUAGUUAAGCAGUACGUACCGAGUAGGAACCUUAGAUCUUCUAACACCAAUGGUCUCGUCAGUAUGUCUAUUUAAGAGCCUUCUCAUCCACAACCCCUGCUCUGUGGAACAAUUUACCCCAGAAUAUAAGGUCCUGAAUUGUCUUAAUAAUUUAAAUGUUUACCGCUAGUUGUAGGAACAUAUUUCCUACAAAAUUUCCUUUUUGUUUGAUUUUAUUCAUAUUUUUAUUCAUUUUAGCAAAAUUGUAAAUGUAGUGCAUAGCUUAAUUUUAAAAUUUUUAAAUGGUGCAUUGUUAUUUACUUCAUUAUUUUUUAAUUAAUUGUUGUGUAAAGUGCCAUUGGACAGCAAUGGAAAUGGUGCUAUAAAAGUGAAUGUUAUUAUUAUUAUAAUCAAAAAUACAAUAGUAAAUACCAACAGGGACAUGGCUGCCUCCUUAGUAUGUGAAACAACUGGUUAUGCGAAUUCAGACUAGGAUCAUAGCUACACCCCUAAAAGGACCUCAACAAAGGGUCCGGGAUUGAAUGUAAGACUAUAAGGGCCGAGAACAUGAAAGGUGUGAAAGUUUUGUGCUCUUCAAACAAAAGAAGGAAAUGCAAUCCAACUAAAAUAUAUUUUAGCUGUUUAAAAGACAUUCUGUUUUAACUCUUUUGCGCCCCAAUAUAGUGGCACAAAUUCUUCAAACUGAUCACUAUACAUUUUCUUGAAGAAUGAGUUGAGUGACUUUGAUAAAAAAUCAAAGCAUUUACUCUCAGGUGAUCAUUUUAUUAAUUCUCAUAACCUAAUCUCUUGAAAUAGUAUGGAUAUCGUUAGGAGAAUAUUGAUGUUGGUCACAAGUGGGACUUAAAGCCGUUAAGUGAUACGGACACUUACAUCCACACUGAGACUGUUAAGUGGUUACUCAAUAGAUGGUCACUGCUUAAUUUGAUGCAAAGAUAAAUUAAUACCAAUUUAUAUCUCUUUUCAGUUUUGACGUAAUUCUUGAUCCGUUUGGAGGAGACGUUGGUGAACAAUACACAAGUUUUCUGUCUAAAUGGAAAGGUGCCAUUUAUGUGACCCUUGCCCCACCCCUCCUCAGUAAAACUGAUGAAUAUGGAACAGGUUUAGGGCUUCUAUCUGCAGGACAGUACUUGACUUCAUCUGCUCUUGAAAAGGUACACUGCCUUUAGUUAUACAACAGUGGCGGAAGUAGGGGAGGGGCCCGGGGGGGGCCUGCCCCCCCCCCCCUUAUUUUUAGACCAGACUGAGGCUCAAAGGGCCGAAAAAUUUUUUUUGGAGACUGGGCAUACGUAUAUACAUACAUGUUUUUUAUUUGGAGUCUUAUACAAUAAAUAGUAUAUUAACUAUUUCCAAAUAACUAAAAUUACAAACAGCAAAAAUUCCUGACCAUAUAUGGCUUAUCUCAAGGUCUGGAUGACCGCCGACGCCCCCCCCCCCCUUACCCCCCCCGAGUUGAAAAAACAAAAAGGAAAGGGUUCUUAGCCAAGAACCGCGCUCCCAGGCCCCUGUUGGGUCUUUUUAUUUUGAUUAGGUAACAGAGAAGGGCAAAGGAGAAGGAGAAGGUGGGUGGAGGGUAGAGGGGGAGGGGAGCAAAUGGCAAAAUUAUAUAACAAAAUGUUUUUUUUUUGGAGUCUUAAAAAAUAAAUAGUAUAUUAAAUAUUUCCAAAAAACCAAAAUUAAAAACAGCAAAAAUUCCCCGCCCUAUAUGGCUUUUUUCCAGGUCUGGGAGACCCCCCCCCCCCCCCCCCCCCCCUUACCCCCACUGAGUUGACAAAACAAAAUGGAAUGGUUUCUUAGCUAAGAACCGUGCUCCCAGGCCCUUGUUGGUUCUUUGUAUUUGUAUAGGGUAGCAGAGCAGGGAAGAGUAGUAGGAGAAGGUGGAGGCAAGGAAAUGGUGAAGAGGACAAACAUGAGAGUUGGCAGGAGCUGAUGGGCUCCUGGAGUUGGACAGGGUUCCGCUUUGCACGCACCGGUGCUGGAAAGUCCUCGAAUUUCGGUGCUAACUUUAUCCAACCCGGAUUCUCAAGUGCCUAAAGGAGCAAACACAGAAAGACCUUCAGGAUAAAAUUUUUCAUGUUGUCGAACAACUAAAAAGACAUAGACUCGAGGCUCUUGUUCGCACUGAAUGGAGUCCUUAAAAAAUUGGAAAAGGGUCCUUGAAAAGUCCUUCAAAAAAUAGUACGAACCCUGGUUGGAAGAUGUCGAGGUGGCGCAAAGAGGAAGAAGAGGAAGAAGACAACGGGGAGAACAAGAACUAAGAACCGGAGGAAAAGUGGUGUGUAAAGAAGGAGCACCAAGGAGGGCUAGCAUUAGAGUUGGACGAUGUCGAUGUAGGGCAAGGAGGAAGAAGAAAAGAAAGACAAUGAUGAGAGCAAGGGCUAAGAAGAGGAGGAAAACCAUGGGUAAAACGAUGUUUGGCCGGGGGGGGGGCAAGGAUGAGGGGUGGAGGAGGUGAAAGGAGAGGAGGACUAGAAGUAAGAGACUGAAGAUGACAGGGGGACAAACAAAAACAGAAGUUUUUGGAAUGGUGCUAAAUGCAAAUUUAGUUUAGUUUGUGUUUUUAUCUGAGUGGUAUUUGUGUUGUUUUUCCGGUAGGCUUUUUGUAGCGGUAGUUUGGUCUCAUGGGGUUUCUUUAGUCCAAAUGGCGCAGCAUUGGACUACAUUCGAUCUCUUUGUCAAUCUGGAAAGGUACGUAGUAUGGCCGAGUUGUACAAUACCUUUUAUCUUAGUUAGUAACUCCUGCAACUGUGAUGUAUAUUCAUUAUUUCUGCAAGACCACAGAACGAAGUUAAGGGCUAAGACAAAAAAGCGUGCUGCGCGUGCAAAUUUGUUUUUUUGCUACUUAGAUCUAUUAGUCCUGAAGCCAUUUUCAUUGUCCUCCCCGUUUAGUAUUACACGAUUUAAUUUCUUUUUGUGUACACGUACUAUUAAGCAGCGCUUCGCUUUUAGCCUUGGCUAAAUCUAUAUAUUACCAUUUUAUUGACCGUACGUUUCGUUAACAAACUCGUACAAAUUCUGACUCCUCACCAGUCGUCUCUCAGGGCCUGUUUACAUGGAGGUAGGUGACCCCAGGUAGGUGAGGUAACUCCCUUAGGUGGGGUAACCCGCCUGUCCAUAUAAUCUCUAAUUAUAAUUUGAUCACAUUUACAUGAUAGGUGGUGUGACCCGCCAAGGCGGGUAGCCCGGUCUGCCAGACUAGGUAACCCUCCCAGCUGGGGUCAAAUUUUGCCAUGUAAACGUGUCAAGGUGGGGUAACCUGCCUAGCCGGGGUCGGAUUUGUCAUACAUCAAAUUCGCGCAAAAUUCACGUUAGCGGUGGCUUUGCAUCAUUAUUUUAAAAAGGUAACAAUAUAAGAGGACAUCACUAAAGGUUGCAGCAAGAGCAGGGAGCGAGUGUAGAAGAGCAUUAAUCGCCAAAACACGUGGUUUGCGAGCAUGUUUCUUGUUUACGUACUUGGCGACCAUUUAAUAGUCUUGAGAAAGUGUACCCCGGGAUGGAGAGGUUGUAAUAUUGAAUGUAAACGAAGGUUAUUUGUUUACCCCACCUAAGCGGGUUACCUCACCUACUUUGGGUCCCCCACCUCCAUGUAAACAGGUCCUCAGUCUCCUAAUACUAACAACCGAAGCACGGUCAAUAGGAGCGCAAUGGGAGGUGGGAAAGAGGAAAGAGAGGACACGUCUUUCCCUUUCGUUUUCCUCCUUCCCACCCCCCCUCGCGCACCCUUUGGUCACGCUUCUUGCGUUCCCUUGUUCGCGCGUGAUCCAAAUACAGUCGACUGGGGAGGAGCCAGGUACAGAUUCAAUAGCUGAGUUUACAAGGUUUGCAUUUAAUGUAGACUAAGUAAUAUUCUGCUCUUUUUUUCUCUUAGAUAAAACCUGUAAUUCAAGAAGAGUUUCCUUUCUCCAAGACAAAUGAAGCUUACGUUAAACUUGAGAGUGGGCAUGCCAGAGGCAAAAUUGUUGUUAAUAUGAUUAGCGACGAAUCUUCGUAA